AUGUCCAAGCCUCAAAUGAAGAUGAUUGGAGUUUAUGUAAAAAUAACUUAGCAAGUAGGCGAAAUAAUUGGUAAAGGAGCUAGCGGAAAAGUAUAUAAAGGUUUAAACACAGAAAAUGCCAAAAUAGUGGCGAUAAAGCAAAUCAGCCUCAGCAACAUAUCAGACGAUCAACUAAACUCAAUUCAAAUGGAAAUUCACCUGCUAAAAAAGCUCAAUCAUGAAAACAUUGUUAAAUAUAUAGGUACAAAAUAAGUAGAUGUCAUUUCAACAGACAAAUAUCUAAACAUUAUUUUAGAAUACGUCGAAAUUGGUUCCUUAGCAGCUAUAAACAAAAAGCAUGGCCCAUUUCACGAAAGUUUAGUUUCAAUUUACAUCAAACAAGUCCUUUUAGGCUUAGUUUAUUUGCAUUCUCAAGGCAUCGUGCACAGAGACAUUAAAGGGGCAAAUAUCCUUGCAACGAAAGACGGAAUCGUAAAACUGACAGAUUUUGGAGUCGCUACCAAGCUAAGUGAAACCACAAAAUCUAUGAGUGUCGUCGGGACGCCUUACUGGAUGGCUCCUGAAAUAGCCUACCCAACUGGCCCAACGACCCCUGCCUGCGACAUUUGAAGUUUAGGCUGCACCGUAAUAGAGCUUGUCACCGGAAGUCCUCCUUACUACGACUUAGAGCCCAUGCAAGCUUUAUACCGAGUGGUUCAAGACCCAGCCCCGCCUUUGCCUACAAACAUCAGUGAAGAGCUUAAAGACUUUUUAACCAAAUGUUUCCAAAAGGAGCCACUAAUCCGCGUGGACGCCAAAGCUUUAUUAAAACACCCAUGAAUAACCCAAAAAUCAGCAGAGCCAGAAACUGAAACCCCAGAAGAAGUCAACACAAUAAGAAGCCAUAUAGGCAGCAUCAUUGAAAUAGAAAAAUUAGAAAUAAAUGACUCAGCAACUGACGAAAGGUGCUCAAGUCCUCUAGGGCAUAGAAGAAAUAUAGCAAGAGGCAGCUUCCACAUGCAAGACACAGAAGAGGAAGAAGACGGGAUUUUAGAAAUAAAUGUCCAAGUCCCUGAGCCACAAAAAAUGCUAAAGCAUUUACCAACGACAAGAACGGCUAGUAAGUCAACAAAAAUUGAAAGCGAUGACUACGGGUCAUUUGAUUCGUGUCUGCAGAAGCUGAGAGAGAGCAGAGCGCUUAGCAUAGUGUCAGAAGGGAUCAGCUUUGUAAGUGCAGAUGAUAAGGUUACUACAAAAGAGACGAGGGAGUUUAAUAAUUUGUUGGAAGCGUUCAAUUCGAGAAGUCAUAAUUUGUUUACAAUUGAGCUGCAGCUGAUUGAGAUGAUUAAAGUGCAUCCAAAGCUGAAGGAAAAUGCUGGGGAUAUGAUUUUGAAUAUUAAAGAAAUAUUGGAAGAGGUAGAAGAAAAUAAUAUGCUGGAUAGAAUUAAUAGGAAUUUGAAUUAUAGAAAAAAUCUAUUUUUUAUCAGACAGCUUUUGACAAUAAUUUUAAAAACAUCAAUAGAAAAUAGAAUAAAAUCCAACUAGCACUCCAGCUACUAAGCCAGAUAUGUGAAGGAGAUGAAAUACUACAGGAAAGAGUCUGCGUGAUUGGACUACUUCCUUUAGCUUUAAGAUACACAGGGGAAGAAUACAUAAAAGAGAUCCGUAUAGAAGCCGCUUAUAUUUUAGGACAAUUUUCCCACUCCUCGCCAGACGUAAAAAAGCUAUUCCUCGCAAGUGGAGGCAUAGAAGCGAUUCCAAAAGUAAUUGAUUUAGACUACAAAAAUAACAGUGAUUUAUAUAUUUCUCUAAUGAAUUACCACAAUAAAUUUUUUAUAUACCCAAUUACCAUUAAAUAGAAUAGUUACCCUCGGCAUCCGAUGUAUGCUUGACCUCACAGUAUCCGAAAAUGACGAUUUUUUACGAAUUUGAGCAAGCUAUGGUGCUAUUGAAAGACUUGUAAUCACCCUUGAUAACAUAAACCAAGCCAAAGACUCUGAGCUUAACCUUACCUAUGUAUGCGACUUGCUGCUUCUUUUUGCAAAAGUAAAUUAUAAAUAGGGACCACGAACUGUCCAACAGAAAUUUUGUGAAGAAGAUAAUUUACAGUACCUUGUGAACUGCAUAUAUGAUGUGACUGGAGAAGCUCAAAGUAAGCUGGUUAAUAUUAUUAGACUUUUAUCAAGGGAAAGGUCAAUCCAGCAUGUAAUUUAUAUACAGAUUUUGGAAAACUCAGGGAUUAUCCUAGAUUUAGCCUGCAUUUUGAGAAGAGAGCACGAAUUUGAUGACGCUGUCAAGAAAAAUGCUUUGCGAGCGUUGAAUUAUUUAUUGAAAUUAAGCCCAGCUAGACAAGAGCAGCUUGUGCUCGCUAAUGGGGUAGAAAUCUUGAAAAAUUUUGUAGAAAAAGGAGGGGAGAAUGGAGAUUUAGCCUUUCAGCUACUGCUAAAUAUCCCCACAGCGUCUAUUUAUUGUAGCAAAAUUUUAUGCUCUCAUUCAAUAUUAUCUUUAUUUAUCAAAAAUGUCGCGAAAUAUUCUCGGGCUAUAGACGGAAUAGCUAACUGGGUCACAUAUGACCCAUCAAGGUGUUCUUCCGAGCUCGUCCUUCCUGAAAACCUAAGUAUUCUUGUCAAAUAUUUUAUUUCCUCUACCUAUUUCGACCACAUUUUACAGUGUUUUAUCAAGAUCCUCCGGUCCUCCAAACUCUGUGUCAGAGAAUUUUCCAAGAUUUCGUCAAUCUUUAUAAAAAUCGUAUCAGAAAUAUCUCAGAGGCCUCAGCCAGGACUUGUCAAAAACUGUUUAGAUUUCUUAUACUUACUAUGCUCCAAAUUCCAAAAGCCAAGAGAGCUGCUUGACCAAUACAACUUAUACCCUGUCAUUGUAAAAAUUCUGCACCAAAGCCAAGAUGAAGACCUUGUGAUUGUUGAAGAAAUCGCGACCAUGAUCCUAGAAGUUUAUUCACGCAAUACCUCAAUGGAGUAA